AUGUCGCUUAAAGUAACUGUCACUUUGUUUGUAGUUGCCGCUUGUGUUUUUACGUCGCCUGUCGCAGCAACCGGGGUCCAACUUCCAGCAGUAUAUCCCCUCGUCAACGUUCUCUUACCUCUUCUGAACAAUGUGUACAAUCUUCUACUGUCUCUGCUCUCCAUCUUUGACACACUACCGCCUUCUAUAACGUGCAUGAUACCUGUUGAUUUAGGUGCACUGGAGACCUCACUACUGAAGUUGUACUCUCAAGCUUUAGCAAUUGUGAACUUCUUGAGGUCCUUACCAGAGUACGCCGCUGGAGCCAACCCAUCAACUCCACCUACAGGCAUCGUGAACAUCCAAGGAUUGCUGACAACCCUCAUAUCUUCCAUCACAGACAUAGCUGAAGAGGUCCUGAUAGGAAUUGGAGGUGGUCUGCUUCCUGGCUUACUCCAAUUGGUUCUGUGCGUGGUGCAGACUUUACUGACAUUGUUAUUGUAA